GGGAAUUCAAGCUUUGUUUUUUCCCCAGUGAGCAAUCUGUCAUCUGUCAACAUCAUUUAAUUUUCCGAAAAACAGUAUUUUUUCAUGAAAAAUCAUCCAAUUGCUAAAUGAAAUGCUACAUUAACAAAAAAACUCGUAUUAACACAUGCAGCUAUGGGCACAGUACACGCAAAAUCGGAAGAAAAUGCCCCAAUUCUGCCUACGAUCCCCCAAGAACACAUUAAAUCAGAACCUGCACAACACCAAGACCAGCGCGAGAUUUUUCUAGACGGGGUUAAGGCCCGUGUUGAUAAAAUUCACGUGGAUGGACUGGCCCGGACUAAGGACGAUAUAAUCGAAGACUGCAUCAGGGAUUUAUUUAAAGCGGCAGAUUUCCAAGACGUGCUCCUCAGGGCGCACCGGGCGCGCCUUAAACUUGAUGAGUUGGGAUGUUUCAAGAAUAUUGCAGUUUUUAUCGAUACGAGUAAGGGACAAGGUGCGAGCCCUGACGGACUUGAAGUUACUUUUAACGUUACUGAACAUAAAAGGGUGACGGGAGGGGUCACCACCCAAGUGGGGAACAACGAAGGGGCGCUGCUUAUCGGCUUAAGGGCUCCUAAUUUAUUUGGACGUGGGGAGAGAGUGCAACUUGAAUACAGUCAUGGGUCCAAGAGGACGACUAAUUUUAAUGUUGCUUUCAUCAAACCGAUGAGGGGCAAAUAUAGGCCCAUGUUUACCACCAGUGUGUUCCAAUCAAACGCUGAAUGGCCUGUAUCCGGUUACAAACAACUGGAUAGAGGUUUACUUUUUGACUUUGGAUUCCACUCAACUGCCUUGAUCAAACAUAACAUUCAGUGGGAAGCCGCCAUCCGUGAUUUGGCUGUAUUGAGCAGAAAUACUUCUUUUGAAGUUAGAGAACAAGCCGGACUUAGUCUAAAAUCGGCAUUGAGACACAUAAUAUCAAUUGAUUUAAGAGAUGAUUUGAUUUUUCCCACAUCCGGUAGUCUCUUACAGCUAACAUCAGAAGUCGCAGGACUGGGUGGAGAUGUUGGCUUUUUAAAAAAUGAAUUUUUUAUUCAAGGGAAUUAUUCGCUUGUUGAGGAUUUUGUUUUACAAGGAACAUUGUCUGGUGGUUUCAUGCGAGGUUUAAGUAACGAUAUGAAAAUUGGAAUGUCCGAUAUGUAUUAUCUUGGGGGCCCUUUAACGUUGCGCGGUUUUCAAAUGCGAGGUGUGGGUCCCCAUUCAGAGGGCGACGCUUUGGGCUCGAUGGCCUAUUGGGCGUCAGGAUUGCAUUUGUUUAGUCCUUUGCCGUUUAGACCUGGCCGUGGAGGAUUUGGUGAUUUGUUUAAAACGCACCUUUUUAUCACUGCAGGAAAUGUGGGGGAUUUCAGCUUGAGCGAUAAAAACCUGAUAGACUCGCUCACGGCAAGCGUGCGCAUAUCAUACGGCGUGGGAAUCGCCCUUCGUCUCGGAAACAUGGCCCGAGUUGAAGUGAACUACUGUUUUCCCCACACGUUUGAAAAAGGCGACCAAAUCCAUCCAGGAAUCCAAUUCGGAAUCGGCGUACAAUUCGUGUAAAAUCCAAAUCAUCAUAGUCAUUUAUUUCGUUGAAACUAAAUAAAUAAUGUACACUGUUAUUGAAAUAAAGUUGUUAACACUGA